AUGUCUCCCCAACAAGAUAACAUUCAACAGUUGUCGGCGAAUACCGGUGUGUUUCACUCCGAGCGCCUCCUCGAUUUCUCUGAAGAAAGUAUCAAUAUUGGCGUUCAAAAAUCACAGAAACAACUUGCAUGCGCAAAAUGUCAUACUCAAAAGCUACGAUGUGUUCGAAAGUCACCUGGUGAACAUGCCUGUGAUCGUUGCCUGGCUACCAACAUCGAGUGCGUUGCCAGACAGCUACAGCGCAUGGGCAGACCAGCAGACCACUGUCGUCGUAAGAAUCAUAAUGCCAGCGCCAGCAUAAAUGGUGCUCGGUACAAAAACAAAUCUCGAUAUGGUGGUACAAGUCGUAUAAUUGGUAAUACGACAAGUUCCGGGAGUGGAUCGAGCCAUUUGCCCACGGCGGAUAGUGAUUGCGGGGUUAUAGCGUGGUCUCCGUCGGCUGACGGAGACUCCACAUCUAGCUGUAGGCGUGCCGGCGCUGGUAUUGAAUUUGCUAACCUAUCUCCGAAUAAGAUUGACGUUGCCAUGUGCCCGCCUGUGGACGUAUCUGUGGAGAAAAAUGAAAACUAUAACGAUUUGCCGGCAAGCUUAUUUGCUCAUGGUGUUGAUGCGAAUACCAUCGGAGCAAGCACAGAGCCAGAUAGCAUCACAGAUUUACAGCCACAAUUUGACGAUACGCCCAUUGAUCCAGUCGAGCAACUCACCAAGCUACACCUCGAAUUAUAUCGCUGUCUCACCUCUGUCAAAGCCCAAUUAUUCCAAACCACAGAACGAUUCAUCGAUGCCUUAACAAGCUAUGUGGGCGAUAACCUACCUCCAAGCAAUGCUAAAACUGUAUCAGCUGCCCUCAUCAGCAGUUCAGAUACCCAGGUGCUGACGACCACCGACGAAGCCGACACAGCCACAGGUCUCAUGAUCGUAAGCUGCUACAUGCGUCUCCUCCAAAUCUUCGACGUCGUCGUCUUCAUCAUUGAAACCCAUCGCGAUUUUCAAUGUCCAGGAAGUUAUGUUGAAAUACGCUUUGGGUCUUUCGCAGCUAAAAGUGAUCGCAUGCUCUCGGCCCGCUUGCUCGGUCAAUAUGUACUGCAUCUUCUGUGUGGAAUUUCUGAGGCGGUUGGCAAAGCUAUCGCCUCGCGCCAGCCGUAUGCUCGUGCGAUUGUCGAUGCGCGGAGAGUGGAGGCUAAGUUAAAAGAGCGCAUUGCGAUUACAUUCCACGAUUCUUGA